AUGUCCCAAACCGAAUCCCUAACAAUCACCACUGUUGAAACUACCCCAUCCCAGCCAGACUGGUCCUCCUUUUUCGCAGAAUGUGACCGCGCCCCCCGUCUCAACGACUUCCACCGUUUCUUCUCCCAAACCGCCGGCGGCAUAACUGGCCAACCAACCGUCCACCCUGAAGUCGACUCACAGCUCCUCAAAGGCGACGAGCUCCUCGAUCGUAUCGUCCAGCUCCACAAACAGCGCAGAGGCCGCUUCGACCCACACUACCACGCUAGUAUCCCCUAUCGCCUUGAGGAAGCAUGUCGUCUCGCGCGGGAAAUUAUGGAAUACAGCAAGGACAAAACAGUGGAGCAACCGCUGCACUUUUAUUCAAUGGGCAGUGCGGAGGGGACUAUGUCGAGGGUUGUGGCGGAGCUGGGGGAGGGACGGGUUAAGACUCUUGCGUGCAGCUCUAAUAUUGAGAAUGGGCAGAGUUUCUUGUCUCAUGGGAAUCCGCCAAAUGCGUCUUUCUUCGUUGGGCCAAUGCACCAUUUGACGAAGGAUGUAAUGCGGACGCGUGAGGAUCUGGCGAGGUUUACAUCGGGCUUUGAUAUCAUGAUCGAAGAUACGACGUUUCAGAUGUACUCGCCCAACCGUCCGAAGCAGAUCGAAUUCGCCAAGCAGAAGCUGAAAGACAAUGGGAUAUUCCUCUUCGUCUCGAAAUACAGAUGUCAGGAUCUUGAGGAGUACAAACGGCGCGAGGUCCAAAAAGACAUGCUUUUCAAGCCGUUGUAUUUCAGCCAGAAUGAGAUCAAGUCCAAGGGUAAGGAAGUCCUCAACUUGAUGAACAAGAACGAGGUUUCGAUUGAAGAUAUGACGGCUGCUAUCAGGUUGCAUUUCAGUAAUUGCUACAUGCUCUGGAAUAGUGGUAAUUUUUACACCCUGGCUGCUAGCAACAGCGCGGAUAAUCUUGAGCGUUUUAUGGCUGGGUUGGUUGAGCCGGCUGUGCCAAAGGUGUUUAUGUAUGAAACACUGCCUCGGCGGCUCGUUUGA